GCCUUAUAUAUGCUGCCUGUCGCUGUUGUUUGUGAGUACACACACUUUCCACAGCUCAAACCUACAACCCCACUGCCAGCAACAUGAGGGAGUUCAAGAGCAAGGAUUUCUGGAGGGCCGUCCUGGCUGAACUGGUUGGCAUGACCCUUUUUAUUUUCCUCAGCUUGGCCACAGCUAUUGGGAACAGCAACAACAAAAUGCCAGACCAGGAGGUGAAGGUGGCUCUGGGCUUCGGACUGGCCAUCGCCACACUUGCUCAAAGUUUAGGCCACAUCAGCGGGGCCCACCUGAAUCCUGCAGUCACCCUCGGGAUGCUCGCCAGCUGCCAGAUCAGCGUGUUCAAGGCUGUCAUGUACAUCAUAGCCCAGAUGCUAGGUUCUGCUCUGGCCAGUGGCAUUAUGUUUGGAGCACGUCCAGACACCAAUAAAUCACUUGGGCUGAAUUCUCUCAAUGGUGUCACUCCCGGCCAAGGUGUGGGCAUCGAGCUCCUGGCAACCUUCCAGUUGGUGCUGUGUGUCAUUGCAGUCACUGAUAAAAGGCGGCGUGAUGUCAGCGGCUCAGCACCCUUGGCCAUUGGCCUCUCGGUCUGCCUUGGACACUUGGCUGCGAUCAGCUACACAGGCUGUGGCAUCAAUCCCGCUCGCUCUUUUGGUCCGGCUUUGAUCCUGAGCGAUUUCACAAACCACUGGGUGUACUGGGUUGGGCCGAUGUGUGGCGGAGUAGCAGCAGCCCUUAUUUACGACUUCCUGCUGUCUCCAAAAUUUGAUGACUUCCCCGAGCGCGUAAAGGUCCUUGUCAGUGGCCCAGUCGGCGACUAUGACGUCAACGGAGGCAAUGACACUACAACUGUGGAAAUGUCGUCAAAAUAGUG